CAUAGUGAUGAGUCAAGGAAACUGAUAAUUUUCAUGUGUGUAUACAUUAUACAUAAAUAUUUCCUAAGAAAGAAGUGAAAGGUUAAAAACAAACUGACUUGUUUCCAGUUACAUUUUCCAAGAAUCAGCUGUUUUGGCUGCAUCGCCGUAAUAAAGGGCGACAACUGGCCCAACUGUAUCGGUACCGUUCAAUAUUCCCUAGAAGAAGCUGCCAUCAUCUGCGUGACAACAUAUACAAACAGUUGAGCUGCUCGGUACGGAGAGAGACUUGUCGGAAUCUAUUUUUAUCAUUUAUUUACGUUUAGCUUUCGCUCCCCACGAGCAUUUUAAGCAAAUCUCAACCAAGGAACCACUAACAGUAGCUAUCUGAACUUGAACUUGGUAGGACAUAUAAUACUUGGGGCCCAUUCGUAAAGAUCGCGAGCCCCCAAUCAGUUCCCCGAGGAACAUGAAUACAAACAAUAUCAAUGGAACCGUGGACGGAGAAAACGUCGUCGAGUUUUCAACACUUGAUUCCAAAGUACAGGAACUAAUCAACGCAGCUAUCAAGGGACGCAACAAUGCCUACUGUCCGUACAGUAACUUUGCCGUCGGGGCAGCUCUGAGGACCAAUACUGGGGAAGUAUUUACGGGAUGCAACGUGGAAAACGGGUGCUAUGGCCCAAGUGUCUGUGCGGAACGAACGGCCAUUUGCAAAGCAGUGAGCGAGGGGUAUCGAAAUUAUGUGGCCAUCGCCGUGGUUGCUUACCAGGAGUCGCAGUUCACCACACCAUGUGGAGUCUGUCGGCAAACAAUAUCGGAAUUUUGUGGCGACCAGGACAUCCCGAUCUACGUGGCCAAGCCAUCGCCCGCCAGGGUGCUGGUAACGUCUUUACAUAAACUGCUGCCACAUGCUUUUGUUGCGACCUUCAUUGACAAAUGAGAUUCGGCAAGUGGGUCCGAAAUGAUAGCACCGAGAGGUGUGAAAAGGAAGGACGCCGGCUAAGAGGCAAUAUAACUUAUAUGGUUCAUAAUUCUUCAGUAAUCAUGUGAUUAUUUACGUUUUAACUUUAUGGCUUUGGUGUGAAAUGUAUGCUCUAGAGAUUUACACUUUAAAACUGUGGAUACGACAAUUAAGACAAUUUGGCUUUUCUAGAUAAGAUAGGAAAGGUAUGGGUGAUGUGUUUCAAAAUCCAAAUAAAACGCACCAUGAGGCUAGUUUGUUCGACCAUUUAGAACACGAUAUUGUAGAUCAGUUAGAGUAAUGUAGUGAAAAACUUGAUGACGAGAAUAUAAAACACAAUUGAUGUGAAAAAAACAA